GAGACACGGGAAGGGGGCAAAAAAAACAUUAAAAAAAAGAGAAAAAAAAGGCCGAGGCGACCGGGCCGCGGCCCGACUCCGGCGAGGUCGUCGACCAAGGCCGCCGAGAUUCGUCGGGAUUUCUCGCCAAAAAUAGCAAAGGCGGCGGCGGCGGCGGCGGCGGGGAUGGGGAUGGCGCGGGCGCGGGCGCGGCGGUUGCUGCCGCUGCUCACCUUCGUCACGCUCGGCAUGAUCCUAGGCUCUUUACUUCAGUUAGCGUUUUUCCGCCGGAUAGAUGAUCACUCAAAUGUAACACAUUUGGAGAAUGAUCAAGAAGCAGCUUUUCUCCGUCUAGGAUUGGUGAAGCCUGAAGUCAUCAGCUGGUCACCUCGGAUAAUUGUCUUCCAUAACUUUCUUAGUUCUGAGGAGUGUGAUUAUCUAAGAUCAAUUGCUAGACCAAGACUACAGAUUUCCACUGUAGUGGAUGUCGCAACAGGAAAGGGUGUUAAAAGUAAUGUCCGUACAAGUUCUGGUAUGUUUGUGAGUUCUGAAGAAAGAAAGUUACCAGUCAUUCAGUCUAUAGAGAAGAGGAUUUCUGUGUACUCUCAGAUACCUGAAGAAAAUGGAGAACUCAUCCAAGUAUUACGGUAUGAACCAAGCCAAUAUUACAGGCCACAUCAUGAUUACUUUUCUGACACUUUCAACAUCAAACGUGGGGGCCAGCGAGUUGCAACAAUGUUGAUGUAUUUGACUGAUGGUGUUGAAGGGGGUGAAACCCAUUUUCCUCAGGCAGGAGAUGGUGAAUGUAGCUGUGGCGGGAAGAUGGUCAAAGGAUUAUGUGUCAAGCCAAACAAAGGAGAUGCUGUGCUAUUUUGGAGCAUGGGACUCGAUGGUGAAACAGACUCAAACAGCAUUCAUGGUGGGUGCCCUGUUCUGGAAGGGGAGAAAUGGUCAGCUACGAAAUGGAUGAGGCAAAAAGAAUUUGUUUGAGCGAAAGAUGAGGCGAAGAAUGAUGCCUUCUAAUUUCUGGCUAUGCAGAUAUGGAGCUAUAUUCUUUCUAUUAUAUGUAAUGAAACGUUUCAGGAAUCUUGCAAGCAUAUGAAAGUUCAAUAACCCCACGUUCAUAUUUCGUUUUACGUAGGCAAUUUUAGCACCGCACACCACUGUUAUUAUCCUUCCGGCUUCAGCAAGGUGGUAACUGGGACAGGCGCUGGAUGGGGAAAAAACGAAUUAAUUUAUUUUUUCCAUAUAAUGUACAAUUAUAUAACAAUGAAAACUAGCACGGUUUUUGGAAAUGGAUUUUCAAAUCAUAAUCAAGGUUCAGUGAA